AUGGGACCUAAAAACAAGGAAUAUAGUCUCUAUAAAAAGGAUUUAGAUCAGAAAUCUGGUUUUAGAGUCAAAGUAAGAAAAAGAGAAAAUUUAAAGGAUAUCCAAAAGGAGUCAAGUUAAGUUUUUCAAGGAUCACCUACUUUGAAAUUAGUGCCUAAGAUAAAUAUUUCUAUAUCAUUUUUCCAUUUUUAGGAGAAAGUAUUCUCAACAAGAUUUAUAUGA